GUGCCUUAGACCGCUGUGCCACUCGGGAGCCCCAAAUGCCAGCUAAGCCCCGGUCUGUGCUCUACGCAGGAGCUCUUAAUGCUCUCUCCCAACACAUACACCUCCCUCUUUCUCUCCCUCUCUCUUUCUGCCACGCUCCCCUGCUUGGGGGAACAAGGCUCAACCGGUGGUGGUGGGAGAAGCGGGACUGGAGUGUUUAGUGCUGUCGUCACUGCUCUUGAUCGUUUGACCCUGGGAGAAAGUUCUGCCACAGGGGGAAAUAUGUGGCGGAAACCGAGGGGCUGGAACAGAGAGAAUACGCGAGGGAUACCGCGAGCGUGAGAGCUGCGGCUCAGGCUUUGACCAUUCAGCUACUGGACGACAUUGUGGCUGAGAGACUGGAGGCUCAGGAGGCCAGAGGAAGAUGUUGAACCCAUGGGGGUUGUUCCUCUGCCAGCUGGCAAUAAACACGUCUUACCAUGUCAUAAAAGCCAGCCUCUGCCUGGGUGGGUCAGACAUCUUUGCGACGGUGAGCGAGAACCGACCCGUAGGAGAGUUCAUUGCGAACCUCAGCAUCGUCGGGGACCCUACAGGAAUCAAUAGCAUCCGCUUGUGCCUCACCGGAGAGAACGCCAAUUGGUUCUACCUAGAAGGGAGAACCAUCAGGCUCAACUCAUCCAUUUUAAGAGUCCUGGAUCGAGAGCGCCAGGGAUCUGUUUUGAUGGCAGCAUUAACAUGUUAUGAAGACGACAUAAUACAAAGUGAAUACAGGGUCAUGGUUGAGAUCCUGAAUGAAAACGAUAACAAACCAAGGUUCCUUGAGAAGACUAUACAACCGCGUUACAUAAGUGAGCUCACUGCAGUCAACUCUGUCGUCUUCACUGUCAAGGCCAUCGAUGCUGAUGGAGACACCAUCACCUACAUCAUCGACAGAGCCUCGCCUGAUGCCAGCUACUUCAGGAUAGACCUGCCCAACAGUGGUAAAGUAAUCCUGGACAAGCCAUUGGACUAUGAGACCAAAACCAAGCUGCAGCUAGUCAUCUACGCUGUGGAAACCAACACCAAGGAGUGGUACAACACUUCCGCCUCACUGAUUGUGAACGUGGAGGACGGGGACGACCAUUACCCUCAGUUCCUACCGUGCACACCCAUCUCCCAGGACCACAACCACACGGUUGUCUGCACCAACCCCAUCUACGUGGUCAACAUCACAGAAAAGGACCAGGACAUGUUACUGAAUUUCUCUCCUGGUCCAAUUCAUGCCGAAGACGGAGACAGAAGCCUUGAUACGCCUUUGCUCUACUCCAUUCUCUCAGGUGCUGACAAAAACAGGUUUCAGAUUGACAACCAAACAGCAGAGAUCACAAUGACAAAACGGGUGGAAAACAGACAUAUGACACCUAUAUUCCGACUGCGGAUCAUGGCAUCUCAGCUGAAUGACCCAAAGAAGUACAGUGUGGCGACAGCGCUGGUCCGGGUGCUAGCAGAGAACCGGUUCCCUCCCCUCUUUAACAGAACCACGUACAAGGGCUUCAUCAUCGAGAGCUCCAGCCCUGCCACGCUAGUCUCCACCUAUGGGAACGAGGUGCUUUUCAUCCAAGCCAUAGACCAGGACUUUGUAGAUGGGGUGAAUCCAAAAAUGCAUUAUUCUCUCCAGCCCACACGAGCCACCACUGGACUGUACCACAUCACAGAGGAAGGGGUUAUCAUCGCUAAGACCGACCGCCUACGAUCCUUCGACAGGCUCAUCCUAGAGGUGGUCGCUAUGGAUGAGGAAUCAGGUGAAGUUGCUAAAGCCUCAGUCGACAUAGAGCUGCUACAAAGAAGCCAGCCAAUCCCUUGGACAUCUUUCAGAGACAUGGAUGUGAGGAUAGCUGGCGGUAUCAUGGGUGGGAUACUGCUGCUGUUAGUGACCACCCUGUUCCUGCUGAUCCGAUGGGCCAAGAGGAGGAGGAGGAGACAGAGACAAAAACCGUCCGGACGAGGGGCUGUCGCCCUGGGGAAACACCUCAAAGUGGUGAACCCGGGCCGGCCCAUGAUCCCCUUGGUCGAGGAGGUCUCCUACCAGAACGAAGGGUUCAGCAUAGACUACGAGGCCUCGGGAGGUUCCGGAAGCCUCUUUGGGAGACAUGGGGUCUACACCAGGAAACAGUCGCUGAUCCCACCGCCGCCACGCUGCCACAGCAGCCAUCCAGACUGCGGCUCCAGUACCGUAACAGGCGACAUGCUGCCUAUACUGGUGACGCCAGAGCCCCUGGUUAAAGACCUCACUGCCGCACUCAUCUCCAACAGCAGGAAAGGUGACAACACCAUCAGCACAGGGGCUGUGACAAAAGACGAGAAGGAGAGGAAUAAGCAGAGGGAUAUGGAGAAAGAGGAGGAGAGGAAUAAGCAGAGGGAUAUGGAGAAAGAGGAGGAGAGGAAUAAGCAGUGGGAUAUGGAGAAAGAGGAGGAGAGGAAUAAGCAGAAAUGUGAGUUCCAUCGCUCCACCAUCUCCUUCCUAGGAUACGUCACCAUUGCAGGGAAUAUUCAGAAGGACCCUGACAAGUACCCAGCAGCUGACCGGGCGUUCGACCUCAAGCAGCGAUUCACUACAGCUCCCAUCUUAAGCCAUCCCCUCCAGUCCAGUCAGUUCGUGGUGGAGAUCGACGUCUCGAACAUCAGAGUGGGGAUUGUCCUGUCCCAGAGUUAUGCCCAGGACCAGAAGCUGCAUCCCUGUGCCUUCCUUUCCCAUCGUCUUAACCCCACUGAGAGGAACUAUGAUGUGGGAAAUCGAGAAUUACUCGCAGUUAUUAAGAUGGCAAUGGAGGAGUGGAGGCACUGUCUGCGCAAGGACGUCCGUCGGGAGCUGGUCUGCAGAGACACCAACCUCACUUUCGACCAGCUGGAGGACCUGUCUAUCCGGCUGGACAACCUGCUGGCUACUCGUGGAUGUCCAGAUCAGGGUCUGGUGGUUCCAUCCUCCCACAACCCCUCUCCAAUACCUAUGGAGCUGGGAGGGGCGGUGCGGAGGGGGACCGGAGGACCAGGCUCUCAGAACUCUAAGGCAGAUGCAUUGUCCUGGCUGUAUGAUACAGAGGAGCAGCCCAUGGAUCCCUCUCCCAUCUUCCCGGCCUCUUGCCUGGUGGCACCGAAUCAGACCGAGGCUCCUGCGAUGGACGACUGGUUCAGGCGCACCGAGGAGACAUGGGACCCUGCUCAUGUCCAUCUUCAGCGCGCCGUGCUGCACCAGAAAGUGGGCACAGACCGUCACCGCAGUGAGGCCCCGGUGUUCACACCAGGGGAUCGGGUCUGGCUCUCGACCCGAAACCUGCCCCUUCUCCUGCCUUGCCAGAAGCUGGGUCUGCGCUUUGUGGGGCCAUUUAAAGUCCUGAGGAGAGUGAACGGGGUAUGUUAUAGGUUAUAG